AUGCACAGGCAAAACCAUUAUGAAUUCAUUGGUUUGAUGGAACCUAAACAACAAGCAAAAAAAUUGGAGAGGUACAGGAGGAAAAUUGGCUUUGCACAGGCAAUAUCAAAUGUAUCAAACAAGAUAUGGGCAUUUAUAGAUGAAGUUUUUGAGGUGACUAUAAUGUAUAAUAUGAUUCAGCAGCUGACUCUUCGAUUGUUUCAUACAGAAUCUCAUGUUGAGUUUGUGUUAACACUCGUUUAUGCUAAAUGUGACUCAAUUGAGAGAAUAGAAUUAUGGGAUUCUAUGUAUGAUAUGACUACUGAUAUGACUGUUCCAUGGUUAGUUGGAGGAGACUUUAAUGUCAUUUGGGAUGAAGAGGAAAAAUUUGGAGGUCUUCGUGUAUCUCUCAAUGAGAUAGAUGAUUUUAGACACUGUGUAACCACAUGCAACUUGUCAGAUCUUGGAUUCAAAGGAAGUAUAUUCACCUGGUGGAAUGGAAGAGUAGAAGAUGACUGCAUAUUCAAGAGAUUGGAUAGAUGCUUGGCUAAUACAAAAUUCCAAGAAGCUUUUCCAGGAUUAGAGGUAACACACCUAUCCAAGACAGGGUCAGAUCACAAUCCAGUGCAGUUGAAGUGUGACAUGAAAGCCCCUCCAAUAAGGAAACCCUUUAGAUUUCUGAACUUCUGGGUGGAGCAUGAUUCUUUUAAAGAAGCUGUGAAGCAGAAUUGGAGUGCAGUCCUCCAUGCCAACCCUUUCACAUUAUUCAAUCACAAACUAAAGAAGGUGAAAAAGGCUUUGUCAGUUUGGAGCAGGGCAACUUUUGGUGACAUCUUUCAAAAGAUAGCUAGCCUAGAAGAAGUUGUACUGGUGCAUGAAACAGAAUUUGAAGCAAACCCCACAGUUAUGAACAGAGAGAGACUCCAAAAAGUGCAGACAGAAUUGAUCAAAGUACUAGCAUUGGAAGAAAAGUUCUGGAGGCAGAAAUCUGGAAUGAAUUGGUUCAAGGAUGGAGAUAGGAAUACAAAACUCUUUCAUGCUCAAGUUAGAGGUAGAAGAAAGAGGUUGCAGAUAAAUAGAAUACAGAAUAAUGAGGGAAACUGGAUUGAACAAGAUGAUGAGAUUGCAAUGGAAGCAGUUAAGUUCUCCAACUUCCUUUGA